AUGGAUAAUAAGAGUGUAGCACACAAGAAACAUCCUGAAAGAACCAAGCUUACCCCAAAGAAAGAUGUUUCUGCAUCACCUUCCUUCAAAUCACCUAUAGAAGCUUUUGCAGUACCUCUCCCAGAAGACGUAGAAAAUGAUGAUCUUCCAACACCAGAAAACACAAUUGAGAGAAAGCCUAACUACGAGCAGAAGGAGCUGAAGAAACUGUAUGAUGGAGAACAGAGCAAGAAUGCAGAUGAACACACCUUGUACAAUCAAUAUGAGGAAAAGAUCCGACCCUGCAUUGAUCUCAUUGACAGCCUGAGAGCUCUUGGAAUAGAAAAAGACCUGUCUUUACCUGCGAUCGCAGUGAUUGGAGACCAGAGCUCCGGGAAAAGCUCUGUCCUAGAAGCUCUUUCAGGUGUUGCUCUUCCUAGGGGCAAUGGUAUUGUUACUCGAUGUCCCUUGGAACUGAAAUUGAAAAGAGUACCUGCCCCCCAGGCAUGGAAAGGGAAAAUUUCUUUCCGAAACACCAGCAUAGAGCUCCAGAAUGCCUCUCAGGUGGACAAAGCAGUAAGAUCUGCCCAGGAUAUUGUGGCCGGUACUGCAGGUGCCAUUAGUGGAGAAAUAAUUUCCCUAGAAAUUCAUUCUCCACAUGUCCCAGAUCUGACACUAAUUGAUCUUCCUGGAAUUGCCAGAAUGGCUGUGGGGAAUCAGCCAAAAGACAUUGGGGAACAGAUCAAAAUGCUACUUAAAAAAACAAUAAGCUGCAAAGAGACGCUGAAUUUGGUAGUGGUGCCAUGUAAUGUGGAUAUUGCAACAACAGAAGCACUGAAAAUGGCUCAGGAGGUGGACCCCAGUGGAGAAAGAACACUAGGGAUCCUCACAAAACCUGAUCUGGUAGACAAAGGAACCGAAGAGGCUAUCAUUAAAAUAAUACAAAACCUGGUCAUCCCCCUCAAAAAAGGCUACAUGAUCGUGAAGUGUCGUGGGCAGCAGGACAUCUACAAUGAACUGGACUUGGCCUCUGCAAUUGAGAAGGAGAGAAUAUUCUUUGAGAAUCAUAAACAUUUCAGCAUUCUUAUGGAAGAAGGAAGGGCUACUAUCCCUCGUCUGGCAGAGAAACUCACAAGCGAGCUCGUGAGACACAUUAUUAAAACUUUGCCAACACUGGAGAACCAAAUACGUGAGAUACUCCAAAAGUCGUUACAGAAUCUACAGAGGUAUAGAAGAGGCACACCCAGAACAGAUUCUGAGAAGUUUUCUUACCUCACAGAUAUGGUCAAACUCUUUAAUCAAGACAUUUCUCAGACAGUACUUGGAGAGGAACAAGUGUUUGGAAAUGAAGCUAGACUGUUCUCAAAAAUUCGCAGAGAGUUUCAUACAUGGGCAGCAAUUCUCCAAGAGUGUGCUGCAAGGGUUAAAAAUGUUGUACCAAAUAAAGUGUGGAAAUACGAAGACCAGUAUCGUGGACGGGAGCUCGCAGCCUUUUCCAAUUACAGGACAUUUGAGGACAUCAUAAAAGAGCAAAUCAUACAACUGGAGCAGCCAGCCAUCGAGAUACUGAACAAAGUGAUUGGACUGGUCGAAGAGAAGUUUAUGGAACUCACUAAAAGGCAUUUUGCACAUUUUCCCAACCUAAACAAAGCUGCUAAGAUCAUAAUUGAAGACAUUAUGAUGAAACAAUCAGCAGAGACUGAAAGACAGAUCCAGGCACAGUUUAAAAUGGAGAGAAUUUUAUACUGCCAGGAUGGCAUUUACUUUCAGGAUUUAAACCUUAUUAGGGUAGAAAAGACUGACAAAGUUGGUGGUGGGAAAGACCAGGUUGGAUUUGGAUUGAAUCAAGAUCCCUUCCUUGUCAAGGAUAUGGUUUAUCACACGGUGGCCUAUUUCAAUGGAGCAAGUAAACGCCUCUCAAAUCAGGUGCCCCUGAUCAUCCUGUCUUCUGCCCUUCAUGACUUUGGGGAUAACUUACAAAGUGCCAUGUUGCACCUGUUGCAAGAAAAAGACAAGGUAAGCUAUCUCCUUCAGGAGGACAGUGAAGCUGCUAAACAGAGGGACCGCCUCAGUCAGCAAGUUAUUCGUCUCACCAAAGCCUGCCAGUACCUGAGAGACUUCACCUCCAUCUAG